CGCCUCGCUUAUUUCAUAACAACCGAGACAAUCGGUCCGAGACCAGCCACACUGGUGCCUGCGCCUCUUCGACAAGCCGAUCCUUGUAGGCAUUGUUUGGACCAGACAAGGUCCGUCACCACUGCAGCAAUGGGCGUCAAAAUUCACAUAGUCUACUGCGGUGGAUGAGGGUAUAGGCCCAAGUACACCAAACUCAAGACGUUGCUUGAGGGUGAAUUUCCAGGCGACCUUGAGAUUUCUGGUGAGGGCACCCCCACAACAUCUGGGUGGUUUGAGGUGGAGGUGAAUGGCAAGCUGGUACAUUCAAAGAAGAAUGGUGAUGGCUUCGUGGACAGUGAACAGAAAAUGGCCAAGAUUGUGAGUGCUAUUGAGAAGGCCAUGGACAAAUGAGGCUAUGCUGAUGUUAGAGUUUGUUUGUCUCUGUUUGUUGAUCUCCCUGGCAGUGCAACAAUGAUGGUGACUUCCGAAGUGUCUUUGACACGGACGUUGCUUGAUGCUUCUCGCGCUUCCAGGGGGGAGGCUCUCGGAGUGGGCAAACUCUACUUCUGAAGUUGUUUUACAUAACGUUAAGGGAAUUUACACAGACAGAACAUCUUCAGCUUUGUUCUUUUUUUUUUUUUUUUUUUAAGCAUUUCCCUGUUACUGAAAACGCACAAGCAACAUUUUGGCUUUGGAAUAUUUUGAAUAUUCAUGCAAUAAUAAAAAGGAAAUAAAUUGUCAAA